AUGAUCUGGCCCCAGCCCACCUGCCCCAGCGUCCCCUCACACUCCCCCAGACAGAUGAGUUCCCCUCUCCCCCUCUCGGCUCCCCCUCUCCCCCUCAUUGGCUCCCCCUCUCCCCCUCAUCGGCUCCCCCUCUCAGUUCCCCUCUCCCCCUCUCAGUUCCCCUCUCCCCCUCUCGGCUCCCCUCUCCCCCUCAUUGGCUCCCCCUCUCCCCCUCUCAGUUCCCCUCUCCCCCUCUCAGUUCCCCUCUCCCCCUCUCGGCUCCCCUCUCCCCCUCUCCCCCUCAUUGGCUCCCCCUCUCAGCCCCCCCUUCUCAGCUCUCCCUCUCAGCCCCCCCUCGCACCCCGUCUCCCCCUCUCGGCUGCCCCUCUCAGCAAGGACACUCUGCCCUAA